AAUACAAUUUUUUUGGCGCUAAUCUAGUAGGAUAACUAAACCAGCAAAACCAGAACACUUACUCUAUGGUCGAGAUGAUUGGCUCUCCAGACGUUUUAGCAUCAGAGAACAUGGAGCCAGGCUGCAAAGCAUCGCUGGGCACACCUGCAAGACUCUCUCCACGACCUGCCACUAUACUGGGUGCCAUAGACACCAACGUAUGCAGACAAAGACGAUACAGCAGCUCAAGGAAGAUAGAGAGCAACAAGUUGUCACAGAGGCUGGGAGGAGGGAAACUGGUGAUUGUCGAAGGCAAUAUCGGUGUUGGGAAGACAACGCUCACACAGAAGCUUGCCGAUGACCUCAAAUACAAAGUCUUUUUGGAGCCAUCUACGGACAACCCUUUCCUCGAGAAGUUCUAUGCGGACCCUCACAAGUAUGCCCUCAAGCUUCAACUGUGGAUCCUCAGACAGCGCUACCUCACCUACGUGUCAGCACUGCAACACAUCAUCAGCACUGGUCAAGGUGUGAUAUUGGACAGAUCAGUGUACAGCGACUGUGUUUUUGCCAGUGUGUGUCACAGGGAAGGAUUCAUCUCUUCUGAUGGUUAUCAGACGUACCAGUACUGGCGGGAUCAAUCAUUGCAGCACCUCCCUCUGCCUCACGUCACUGUGUUCCUGGACGCUCGCCCGCAGCUGUGCCAUGAUAGGAUACACACCAGAGCGAGGGAAUGUGAGAGUGGUGUGUCACUGGAUUAUCUGGAGAAGCUUCAUCAAGAGUAUGUCAAGUUUAUCAACGAGAUGAAGUCCGAUGGAUCACAGGUUCUCACUUACGACUGGUCCACCUUCAAAGAUGAGGCAAUUGUGUGUGAGGACAUCAGGGCUGCCAACAGAGUGGAGUGGACUGAGAGCGAUCUUCCCACUAGCGAUCUGCCAUCAUUAGAGUUCCCCCUAGCAGAAGAAUAGACCAAUAGAAAUUAUCUCUUUUUAAUCUAGUGCUCUUUUUUUUAAAUUGUCUAUAAUACGUAAGUAACUGUGCAGUUUA